AUGUCCAUAGCAUUACGGAUGAGAAGUGCAAAGCCACUUCUCCACACUUUACACCGCCAUGUCAUCUUCCGCCGCACCAUUUCCUCCGGCAACGGUGGCUCCGCAACAAAAUUUCUGGAAACUUUCACUGAGGAAUUCGAAAUCGGUAACCGCCUCGUCACUCUCGAAACCGGUAAAAUCGCUAGGUUCGCUAAUGGCGCCGUCGUCCUGUCAAUGGAGGAUACUAAAGUCCUUUCCACUGUCACUUCAUCUAAAGAAGAUACUGCUCGCGCCGAUUUCUUGCCUCUCACUGUUGAUUAUCGAGAGAAGCAAUUCGCGCAAGGCGUGAUUCCGACGACUUAUAUGAGGAGGGAAGGUGCUCCUAAGGAACGUGAACUUUUGUGUGCUAGAAUCAUUGACCGUCCUAUUCGACCUCUUUUUCCACCUGGAUUUUAUCAUGAAGUUCAGGUGAUGGCUAGUGUUCUUUCCUCGGAUGGAAAACAAGAUCCAGAUGUGUUGGCGGCUAAUACAACGUCUGCUGCGCUUAUGUUAUCGGAUAUUCCUUGGGGUGGCCCCAUAGGAAUGGUUCGAAUUGGAAGGAUUUGUGGGCAGUUUGUGGUGAAUCCUACCAUGGAUGAGCUCAGCUUAAGUGAUCUUAACUUGAUAUAUGCCUGCACAAAGGACAAAACUUUAAUGAUUGACGUACAAGCCCGUGAGAUAUCUGAAAAAGAUUUGCAAGCUGGGUUAAGAUUGGCUCAUCCAGAGGCAGUAAAGUAUAUUGAACCUCAAAUUAGACUUGCCGCUAAAGCUGGUAAGUCCAAGAAAGAAUACAAAUUGUCUAUGCUCUCUGACAAAACACUGGAGAAAGUCACUAGUUUGGCAGAAGCACCUAUUAUAGAUGUUUUUACCGAUCCUUCGUAUGGAAAGUUUGAACGUGGAGAAGCAUUAGAAAAUAUCACACAAGAUGUAAAGAAAGUGCUUGAAGAAGAAGAUGAUGAGGAAAGCAUAAAGGUUUUGCCAAAGACAGUAGACACAGUGAGGAAGAAGGUGGUCCGUAAAAAAAUUAUUAGUGAAGGAUCCAGAGUUGAUGGAAGACAGUUAGAUGAAGUGAGACCCUUGUAUUGUGAAGCUGGAUAUGUUUCUAUGCUGCAUGGAUCUGCACUUUUUUCCCGUGGAGAAACACAGGUCCUAUGUACGGUAACACUUGGAGCACCUACAGACGCUCAACGUUUGGACUCUUUAGUUGGACCUCCGUUAAAGCGGUUUAUGCUUCACUACAGUUUUCCACCAUUCUGCAUAAAUGAAGUUGGUAAAAGUGGUGGUCUAAAUAGGCGUGAAGUUGGUCAUGGGACACUUGCUGAAAAAGCUCUUCUUGCUGUUUUGCCUCCUGAAGAUGUUUUUCCAUAUACUAUUCGUGUCAACUCCGAAGUCAUGGCUUCAGACGGUUCAACAUCAAUGGCAACUGUAUGUGGAGGAAGCAUGGCUUUGAUGGAUGCUGGCAUUCCAGUAAGGGAACAUGUUGCUGGCGUUUCUGUGGGUCUUGUUAGUGAACUUGAUCCAUGCACAGGCGAAAUAGUGGACUAUCGUAUACUGACUGAUAUUUUGGGCUUGGAGGACCAUUUGGGUGACAUAGACUUCAAGAUUGCUGGAACUCGAAAUGGAGUUACCGCCAUUCAGUUGGAUAUGAAACCAGCUGGAAUUCCACUAGACAUCAUAUGUGAAUGUUUAGAACCUGCAAAUAAAGCCCGUCUACAAAUUAUUGAUCACAUGGAACAAGAAAUUGAAGCACCACGCACCAAGGAUGACAUUUCUUCUCCACGACUAGUCACGUUGAAGUACAGCAAUGAUGCUCUUCGUCGCAUAAUUGGACCAAUGGGUUCUCUAAAAAGAAAAAUGGAAUUGGAAACAGGUGCGCGGAUGUCUGUUGGUGAUGGAACACUUACGAUAUAUGCUAAGAAUCAAUCUGUAAUGGAUAAAAUACUAGAUAAGAUUGAUUUUAUAGUUGGCCGUGAAAUAGAAGUCGGAGGUGUUUACAAAGGUGUUGUCACCACUAUAAAAGAAUAUGGAGCUUUUGUCGAGUUUAAUGGUGGCCAGCAGGGCCUUCUCCAUAUUUCUGAGAUGUCACAUGAACCAGUUUCCCGAAUUUCAGAUGUAAUCUCUAUUGGCCAGCAAAUUACUUUGAUGUGCAUUGGCCAAGAUGUUCAUGGUAACAUUAAAUUGUCCCUUAAAGCGACUUUGCGUGGACGUGGAGGAUCAGACACUAAUGGUAUAGCUGAAGGGUCUGCUGCAUCUACAAAAGAAACUGCCAACAUUUGGGCACCAGUUUCGGAUGCGUCUAGUACUACACAAGGACAAAAUUCUGCUUCUGAGUUGUGUAUAGAAAAAAAUGAGGUGGCUGAAACAAAUCCCUCAGCCUCCCAAACACCAGUAAUUUUAAUACGAAGUGCUGCAGAAUGUGACGAGGAGGAGAAAUCUCUCAGCUCGAAUCACAAUCAAACAUCAAAUGGUUCUCUUAUUGAUGAUGGGGUACAAUUGGUUCACAAGUCAAAGUCUCUGUCCAAGUCAAAACCUCGUAAAUCUCAAGAUACAAUUGAUUCUCCAUCUCAUUCAGGUCCCUUGCCAUAUAAAUAUGCUAAGAAGCCAAAACUUUCAACGCAAAAAGAGUCAAAAUCUGAUACUCAAAGGGAAGAAAGGAAUGAAAAGGAAGGUAAAGACAAUUCGACCACAAAAGAUUUGAUACUUGGAAAAGAAGUUACUGCCAAAGUUUAUCAAAUUCGUGCACAUGGGUUAGUAUUGGAUUUGGGUGGAGGAGUUCGAGGAAUGUACCGUUUUAAGGAAGAUAGCAAAAAGAACUUUAACAUCGGCGAAGAGAUGCGAGUAGUCUGCUCAAGCUUUUCUAGCAAGGGAGUUCCAGUAAUGUCUGCUGUGGAUGACAACUAA